AUGUCUAUCGAUACGAGAUCGGAUGCUGAAUCCAUCGUAAGUAAAUACAGUAGCAUUGAUACUCUGAAUAGCGAUGAAAGUUGUGAGCCUCAAGAAUGUCAGUAUCUUGAGUCGGAAUGGUCGCGCUUAACCAGCUUAUUGCAGUCAUUGCAAGGUCAAGAGGUUCAUCGUUACCUCCAACGAGUUUUAAAAAAGAAAGAAAUUAGAUCAAUUAGAGCAUUAAGUCAACUUCUACCAGCACAUCGAUUUCCAACAGCAGGCAUUAUUCACUGUGUCCGUUGCCAUCACGAGUAUUAUCCGGCACAUCAAACGCCUAAAAGUUGCCAACUGUAUCAUUCGCCACGUUUAGUCGAUAUCGUAGCUCAAGAUCAAACAGGCACAACCUUCCUGUGUCAUGGAUGUAAUCAAAAAUUCUACUUAAAAGAUAUCUGGAAAUUCACUAAAGAGCACCAAAGUUUAGCAGGUUAUUGCUUUCAAGGUUAUCAUACCGAUGAUGCUUUUAGUGUUCAGUAUCGGCCACUCGGCAUAGCCAAGACAUGCCAAGAUAACGGAUGCAUUGAAUUUUAUAUAUAA